CGCGCCGUCACUCUGCACCCGGCGCCGCCUGCCUUGCCGCCCAACAGCUCCAGCGCUUCUGCCGCCCCGGACCUCUUCUGGGGCACCUACCGGCCACACGUCUACUUCGGCAUGAAGACCCGUAGUCCGCGCGCGCCGGUCACCGGCCUGAUGUGGCUGCAGCAAGGGGCUCCGCCGGGCAUGCUGGGUCAGCUCCGCCACACGUGUGAGCAGGGCGAUGGCAUGGGCCCCUACGGCUGGGAGCUGCAUGAUGGGGUCAACUUCGGGCGGCAGCGGCUGCACGACGGUUCCCUCCUACUCACCACGGAGUUUGUGAAGAGGCCGGGUGGUAGCCAUGGUGGGGACUGGAGCUGGAGGGUCACGGCUGAGCCACAGACCCCAGAGGGCUCUGUGCCUCCCCUACUCUCUUUGUUCUUCUAUAUGGCUACUGAUGGGCAGGGCACAUUGUGGCCAGAGCCUGGGACAGGGGGGCAACUGGAUGGCAUUAAUGGCCACACUGAGGAACUUGGUGACUUCCGGCUAAUCCUUCUUCCUCCUACCAGUGCCAAAGGGACAGCCUUGAAACAUGGCAGCUACAACAUUCUUUGGAUGCCAAGCCCAGGGCUGCCCUUGUUAACAGAAGCUGUGAAAAACAGACUAAAUCGAUGGUUCCAGCACCGGCCUCCUGGGGGUUCCCCAGAACGAUACCUGGGCCUGCCUGGAUCUCCUCAGUGGGAAGGGGAAAGCCCCCAACCAGGCCACAUUGUGCAAGGACAGGUUGUGGUACAGCAGCUGACACUAAAGCCCCCCUUCCGAGUUGAACUGGUCUUUGAGUCAGGAAGUGUGGGCUGGGGGGAAGCCCGGCCUGGAGGUCGUCUGGCUGGACCAGUGUUGUCUCAGGCCUUGGAUGCUCAUGCCACAGCCUUCACUGACAGAUUUGAGGAGACUUUCCGGCUGGAAGCACGAGGCCUGAGUUCAGGAGAGCAGGCACUGGGUCGAGCAGCCUUAAGUGGGCUCCUGGGGGGCAUUGGCUAUUUCUAUGGACAGGGCCUAGUGCUACCAGAUCCUGGAGAUGAGCCUGAGGAGGAUUCAGCCCCAGCACCAUCCCUUUUCCCCCCAGUCCCACUCUUCACAGCUGUACCCUCAAGAUCCUUCUUCCCUCGUGGCUUUCUCUGGGAUGAAGGUUUCCACCAGCUUUUGGUGCAUCAGUGGGAUCCACAAUUAACUCGGGAGGCCCUGGGCCACUGGCUUGGGCUGCUUAAUGUUGAUGGCUGGAUUGGGCGAGAGCAGGUGCUAGGAGAUGAGGCUAGGGCCCGUGUGCCACCACCUUUCUUGGUACAGAGGGCAGCCCAUGCCAACCCCCCAUCCCUCUUGUUGCCUGUGAUGCGCAUGCUUGACGGUGGAGACCCUGCUGACUUGGACUUCUUACGUACAUCUUUCCCCCGACUUCAGGCCUGGUUCUCUUGGCUUCAACAAAGCCAGGCAGGCCCUGUUCCUCUGUCCUACCGAUGGCGAGGACGGGACCAGGCGGCUGCUGGCCUACUAAACCCCAAGACAUUGCCCUCGGGCUUAGACGACUACCCUCGAGCUUCUCACCCAUCACCAGAUGAGCGACAUUUGGACCUUCGCUGCUGGGUGGCUUUUGGUGCCAGUGUACUGGCUAGGCUGGCACAAAGGAUUGGUGAAACCCAGGCAGAGGCUGAGCUGGCUGACCUCGCAGCCAAACUGAAAGAUGAGAGUGGGCUCGAUUCAUUGCAUUGGGCUCCUGAUUUGGGCGCCUUUGCUGAUUUUGGGAAUCAUACAGGAGCUGUUCGCCUGGCAAGAGGUCCACAGGGGCUGGUACGAGUGGUAGGUCGCCCUCCUCCUCGCCUACAGCAUGUUGAUGCCUUGGGGUACGUCAGCCUCUUUCCAUUACUGCUCAGAUUACUGAGUCCUGACUCUCCACACUUGGGACCCUUGCUGGACUUGCUGUCAGAUAGCCGACACUUGUGGAGUCCUUUUGGUUUACGAUCACUGUCUGCCUCCAGUCCUCUCUAUGGACAGCGAAACUCAGAGCAUGACCCGCCAUACUGGCGAGGGGCAGUCUGGUUCAAUAUCAACUACCUAGCACUGGGUGCCCUGGAUCACUAUGGGCGCCUGGAGGGCCCCCACCAAGCUCAAGCUUCCCAACUCCACUCCCAACUUCGAACCAACCUUGUGGGGAAUGUGUGGCGCCAAUACCGGGAUACAGGCUUUUUGUGGGAACAGUACAGUGAUCGAGACGGUCAUGGCAUGGGCUGCCGGCCAUUUCAUGGCUGGACCAGUCUUGUGCUCCUCGCUAUGGCUGAGGACUACUGAUCACCACCAAUCCUCAAACACCCCUUCCCAUGCCAACUCAGGACCAAGUCACUGGCCAGCCUUCCCAAAGGCACAACCACCCAUCCUAGGCCUGCUAGGAACCAAGUCAUCUACCAUUCCCUCAGUCCUUUGCUGCUGCUGCUCCUGGGGUCAAGAGCCUCAUGUGUGGUGCAGGGGAGGGAGACCAGGUGUGGGCUCCUCUGCUCCAGAGCUCCUGGUCCCAUUCCUGGAACUCUUCAUCUCAGGUGUUGCCCCACCAGGUGGCAGGUGGUGGUAAAGUCAAGAAUUUAUUUUUCUAAAAUAAAAGUUGCCUUCCUGUGGC